AUGUUUGGUUCCUUCCUAGGCGCGUUCAAGCCCACCAUGGCGACACUCGGCGGCCGUGCGUGGCGGAUUCCCUGGCGGCUGAGCAAGACGCGCAAGGCCAACGUGCGCAAGCGCCUGCGCGAGGUGGACAGCGUCGUCGAUACGCUGCUGGCGUCGGGCGUGCAGUGCAAGCAGCUGGACGCGAUCAAGGACAUGCCGCGGGAGGCGGAGAUGCUGGCGCGCGACAAGUACACGACGUUCUCGCGGACGGCCAAGAACCACCGGAAGGGAGUGCACAAAGUGCCACACUUCACAAAGCGGCCGAUCCCGCGCACAACGCCGGCUGGGUUCUAA